UUUGGAGAUUUUUGAGGUUUAUGUUUUUUGAUAGAUCUAGAUCUUUUAGUUCAUGCUAAACUUUGCAAACCCAAGUACUUAUAAUUAAUCAGUUUUAAAUUAAGUAAAUCAUACUGAGAAAAUAGUAACAAAGAGAAAUAGUAUCUACCGACUGACUCCUAAUCAGCGGAGCGAAGUUAGCCAUAAAAUAGUAAUGGGAAAGAUAGUAUGGAAGCAAAGAAUUUAGACAAAUAACAUAUUUUCCUAGAUAUAAUAAACAUUAUAAAACUUGGCCUAUCAGGUUGUCAUUUAUCCCAUUCUAAAAACUAAUUUGGCGCGUCUAUAUAUUUUCAGCUGGAAAUAAUUUUGAAUUUACAUGAAGUUAUUACCCACCUGUUAUAGGAGGAAUAUUUAUCCUCAAUACUUCUGGUCUUUUGUCAGAGCGACAAUAGUCAAACUUGGAUUUCGAAAUAGUAUAUUGCCAAAAAUAACAAAAAUUGAGGAGAAUAGUUGAUAUCUAUGUAUACCCCUGUACUUAAGCUUUGCAUAAGGUUUUUGCUUUGUAAGAGGAGUUAUAAAUUCUUGAGGAAAGAUUUUGACUUCACUAAAGUAUAUUAGCUCUUUCAAAAACUUGCUAAUUUCCUGCAAGAUCCUAUUUAAUACUCCUCUUACAUGAGGCUCUGCAUCCAACAUUCUAUUCCCAACCACUCCAAUUUCCCUCCCCUUACACUCACAAUUCCAAAAUCAUUAACCCAAGUCACCUUCUGGCACCUAACCACUACAGAUCUCCCCAUCUUCCCUAAAGCCCCCAUCUAACCCUAACUCUUGCCUAAUCCUCCAAUUCUCCCCAGCCCCAACAAAAUUAUCUACAUAAUAUCCCCAAAACCUCUACUUCCACAACCCCUGUCACUAAGCUGAGCUGUUGCUACUCCUUCAGUUUAAAUUCUGAAGUAACUCUUUAAGCCCAAGUGACUGUAUAGCCAUAUUUUAAGGCCUGUUAGAGCCGGUUUGUUCAGUUGUAGAUGGCUAAGAGGUUCUUUGUAGGCUCGUGGGGGAUUAGAGGAGUGUAGGGGAGAUUUUCCAAUUAGACCUUCAUAAUCUGCCAAUUGGUAUCCCAAGAAGCUUCAAACUAAUUACAGAUCAACCAUGAACAUUCUUAGCACCUCUACAAACCUAUCUAAAAUCUCCAAGAGAAAGUCAAGAACCUCACAAUAACCUUCUCCCCCUUCAAAACCCCUCCAAUACCACCCUCUUAUAACCCACCCUCUUUAUCCCAAAAUUCCUCUCUUACCCACCCUCUCCUACCCCCACUCUAGCACAACCCCCUCCCCUCUCCCCCUCUAUUCCUCGUACAAAAGUCGCCUCCAUAGGAGGCUCAAGAAGCUGUCUUUCAGACUAUAAAAAUAGAAGGGAGGUUCAGACCAAGUGUGGGUAGUGGCCGUUUUGAGGUAGUAUGAGAAAUUUUAGAGAUUGGUCGAAAAUUUGGGAGAAAAUAUGCUGAAGACAGUUUUACAGCAAGUUUUUGGAUGCUCAACAUUCCUUGGUCAGCGAAGGGCUAGUGAAAAGAGAAGAAUUUUAGAUAGGGACUUGUUUAAUGAAGGGUGAAUAACAUUGCAAUUAGAUUUGGCCUCUUGCCAACUGCUAUGGCUAGAUAUCGUCAAACAGGGUCUUCAUUAAAUGAAACAUUUUUGACAAAUAUGUCUUAUUAUUACUUCAAGAGGAAGAAAUACUUUUAUGAAGGUAUCUGGGAGAUCUAGGCAAGAAAAUUUUAGGAAUGAGUUGCCUAUUUACCUUCUGCUUCCUUUAGGAACGUCAGCAGAAAGCCUACUCCACUCCAGUGGGAUGACAUUAUCUUCACUGUUUAGCGGGGACCUUGGAAGGGGUUGCACACUUCUUAGCAAAAGUUCAUCAAUAUUUUUCUGGAGAUUCUGGAGGUUUGUCAUUCAUUUGUUGAUGAAAAUCUUUUUGUCCAGAACUUAGUCAGGAGCACCCUCCUGGCUCCCAAAUUUAUAGGCGAAAUUUUGCUGCUCCAACUGCUCCUGUUGGUGCAAUUUUAGGCAUUAUUAUUCGCAAGAUGAGGUUUGAGGAAAUCCGAACUAGUUUUUCAUAGGUAGGAUUCGCAAAUGCAUCCAGGAAUGUUAAAUUUUAAUGACCAAUAGCGUAACGACUGAAAGGAGUGUCAUGAAUGUAGGAUAAGUAUCCUCUUUGCUCUUGUGUUUAUUGAUGAGUAGGGAGACUUAGCAUACCAUCACUAUCUUCUAACAGUAAGGGCAUCUUUACCUGAUGUCAGGUAAUGAUGAAAUGGAUAUUUCACACUACGCAAUAAUUGAUGAAAAUUAUUGCUGAGAUGUAAUUAUCGCUAAGAAAAUGGUCAAAUGUAAGCUCCAGAAUUUAUUUGAAUUGUCAAGAGAACCAUAAGUGGUGCACCUUGCAACAUGAGGUUUUUAGAGUAUUAAUAUUCGCUGCAAAGCUAAUUUUGGAGGUAUUUCACUAAUAUUCUUCGAAGUCAAAUUGUCAGCAUCCAUAAUUAAUUAAAUU